UGCUUGGUUUAAUGAAAUGAAUUCUUGAAUUCAUUGAAGAAUUUCUAUUAAUGUUUUUUAGACAUAUAAGUAAUUUACUCAGUUGAAAAAGGAAAAAAAAGCUUAAUUUUUUUAUUAUGACAAACUUCAGCAUGCUUUAGUUAACGAACGGAUAUGAUGCAGUUUUGAUGCAAUUUUGUUUUCAUCAUAUUUGUCUACAUCAAUUGCACACAAGUACCCAUGAGCAAAAUUUCUGAUGAACUUGAAGAUGUUAAAACUCAUUGUGAAUCUCAGAUUCAAGGCAGUAAAAUAGUUACCUGUGUUCCAUCUAUGGUUCGUGUUGAUAUACGAAGGACAAAAUACAAACAAUUAACAGCAUGUAUGCAAUUCCCUGAGUUGUAUCCUCAUUAUCCAUUAUUGUUGGAAUUGAAGAGCAAAACUUUGGAAGACAAAUUUUUAAGUGGAUUAACUAAAGUUUGCGAAACAGAAUGCAAAAAGAUACUGGGAAAACCACAGGUCCUUAAAACAUUGAAUUUUUUGAAGGCAUUCAUCGAUGAGAAUCCACUGUCAGUUUGUAGUGAGGAACUAUCAUCCAUAAAACGUAGGCUAGAGGAGUGUGAUCAAAUCAAGCUAAAACAAAAAUUAUCAUCUAUAAUUUUACACAUUUCAAAAAAUCUCUAUUUCUUAAGAGUUAAAAUAAUUGUUCCUGAACAUUAUCCUGAAGAACAAGUUCAAAUAAACAUCGUGGAGUGUAAUUUUCCUCCAAGUUUUCAGAAAUGGUUCUUCGGACAGUCAAUGGAAAUUGCUCGUCGGUGCAUUGAAAAACCUUUGAAACCAAAACCAAAGGAUCCACCUUUUGUACCAAAACCAUCUUUAUGGCAGACUGUCAAGUUUUUAAUUGAUGAAGUGAAACGAUUUCCUUCUGAGUUCUGCCAGUUAUGCAAAGAAUUUUGUUUCCCUGCUGAUCCAAAAGCUAAUGUUGUUGAUGAAACAAAUGGCAAACACAUUGAAAGAGUGUACUGUGGUCAUUUAUUUCAUAAUGCUUGUCUAGAUUCUUAUAUGAAAACACCUCCAUUUCAUGGUGGGAAAAAAUGUCCAUCAUGUAAGCAGAGAAUUUAUCAUGAAAAAUGGAAAAUUGCGCCAAAAUUAGCCGAAGAUCGAUGGGCGCAUCAAGAAGCAAAGAAAAGAGAACUUGGAGAGGUUGUUGAGUUUUUUGAAUGAACUAUGUAUGGUGGAAUAUUUAACGUUUUUGUUCUGUUAAGUUUUUGUUUAAAAUGUAUGCUACUUGUGAUAUACUUUGAUAAUCAUGACUUUUUACAAUGUUCACAAUUUAAUGAUAAUUAAAAGCUAAA